CCGUCCCGGAAGUGGGCUGGCCUCCCCCUGAGGUUUCUGCUCCUAAGGGGCGACCGUCGCCAAGGUGGCGGUCACUGCAUCCCGGCCCACCUCCGCCGCCCUGGGCGUGGUAUCAGCGAGCCCUGGGACUAUGACGGGUCAGGGCCAGUCGGGAUCAGGGUCGUCGGUGGGGAGCACGAUAUUCCGCCACGUCCGGUACGAGAAUCUGGUAGCGGGCGUGAGCGGCGGGGUUCUGUCCAACCUCGCGCUGCACCCGCUCGACCUCGUGAAGAUCCGCUUCGCCGUGAGUGAUGGAUUGGAACUGAGACCAAAAUAUAAAGGAAUUGUGCAUUGCUUGACUACCAUUUGGAAACUUGAUGGACUACGGGGACUUUACCAAGGAGUAACCCCAAAUGUGUGGGGUGCAGGUUUAUCCUGGGGACUCUACUUUUUCUUUUACAAUGCCAUCAAAUCAUACAAGACAGAAGGAAGAGCUGAUCGUUUAGAGGCAACAGAAUACCUCGUCUCGGCUGCUGAAGCUGGAGCCAUGACCCUCUGCAUUACAAACCCAUUAUGGGUAACAAAAACUCGCCUUAUGUUACAGUACAAUGGUGUUGUUAACUCCUCACAACGACAAUAUAAAGGAAUGUUUGAUACACUUCUGAAAAUAUAUAAGUAUGAAGGUGUGCGAGGAUUGUAUAAGGGAUUUAUUCCUGGGCUGUUUGGAACAUCACAUGGUGCCCUUCAAUUUAUGGCAUAUGAAUUGUUGAAGUUGAAAUACAACCAGCAUAUCAAUAGAUUACCAGAAGCCCAGUUGAGCACAGUAGAAUAUAUAUCUGUUGCAGCACUAUCGAAAAUAUUUGCCGUAGCGGCAACAUACCCAUAUCAAGUUGUGAGAGCUCGUCUUCAGGAUCAACACAUGUUUUACAAGGGCAUGUUGGAUGUAAUCACAAAGACAUGGAGGAAAGAAGGCAUCGGUGGAUUUUACAAAGGAAUUGCCCCCAAUUUGAUUAGAGUGACCCCAGCCUGCUGUAUUACUUUUGUGGUAUAUGAAAAUGUCUCACAUUUUCUACUUGACCUCAGAGAGGAAAAAAAAGUAAGCUAGAAGAAGAUCAUCUCAAUUCGUCUGCUUAACGCGGCAGUUGCUCCUUUGUGUUUGAGGUAUAAACCUCAGAAGAAUGCUGCACAGCAACAUGGUUCAUAAUGGAAAUUGGUGUAUCAUCAUUAGAAGUCAAAGAACUGCUAAGACUUUGCAAUGUUGUUUUGCUCUUUGCCUUCCCCAUAUGUUUGGGACUUGGCUACCUCUGCCAGAAAUGGCUCCCAUCCACAUGACAGUAAAACUGACGUCAAGUGGAGAAUUUCACAAAUUUCUCUAUUUUAGUGUUCAAGUAGAAGCUGAUCACAGCAUUUGCUAAAUGGAUUAGAUGAAUGUGCUUCUUUUUGUGAACUCAUUUGCCUGGAUCGGCUUUAAAAUCAGUCUGUGUGCAAUAGCAAGAAAAUGGCUUCUGAAAAGAAUUGUCGUUGUUUCAAGAGUAAAUUAAACUUUAAGGAUUUGCUGGAAAAAUUGUUGCUUAAAUCCAGACCAUUUUUGAGUUGGGAAAUUUUGGUGAGGGGAAAAAAAAACAACAACACCGUAAAUGUGCGUUAGUUUAAAUUCAGUUGGAACGUGCUAACUAGGGAAAUUUGAGACGUAUAUACUUCUCUUCAUUUGAGAAAUAUAUUUGUUGUCAUUCUGUCAUUAAUUUUUUCCCUGGGGGCUCUUCCAUAAUUUAAAAUGUAAUUGUGGAUCCAAUUAUUAUAUUUUUUGACAUUGAUACUUGGUAUUUCUUAACAGAAUCUGAACUCAGAUGCAGCUGUGUCUGCCCUUAUUUAGAAUAUUUGGCUAUAAGUCACUAAUUGGCUAUAAAUCACAAAUAGAUCACCUCACACACAUACUGGAAUGAUUGGGAUCUGUAUGUUGAGAAACUGUGUGGAAAUGGGAAACUUUAACUUCUUAUUUCAACUAUGAGAUGUAUGGGUCCAGAUCCCAAAUAAACGAUUAGUCUAGAUUAGUUGCUCAUAUUCAGGUUUAAAUACAGGUUACACUAAUGGCCAUUAUUGAUUUAACUUUUAUGAGUCAUUAUAAAUAUCUAUAAAAGCCUGUCCCCAAAGGAUGCCAGAAUAAUAUUUUUAUUUAUCAUAAACUUCUAUGAAUGCUGUUGCACUUCCAUCUAGUUGUAAAUAAAACAUUGUGGUUUUCAAAGCCAUAUUUAAAUGGUUCUUUGAAGAUAGGUCUAUUUUUUAUAUUUUGAAAAUGGCAUUGUUCUAAAAAUGUGGAACAGUAAGUAAUUGUAUUUACUAUAAUCUCUUGUAACAUGCACAGAAAUACUUUAUAAAUUAAAUGUGAUGUAUUUUUUCAUCCUUCUGGGUUUACUACUAUAAUUCAUCUGAAUCCCUGACGUUAGUCCCUAUACAAAAUACUGGCUGCAGUUGCUGUUUGGAAUUUUAGAGGUAGUGCCAUUAUUUGAAUGCUUCUUGUGUACCCCCAAAUUAAUAAAACAUAAUUUCUGUCUUCUAAGAGCAUAUAAGUUUGCAGAAUAAAUAAAUAAAUAAGUGUUAAAUAACUCCAACCCUAGAUGAACGGGCAAGAAGAUUUCUACAAGGCCUCUAAGGGUUCUGAGAAAAGAGAACUCAUUCAACAACAAAUCGUAACUGAGUUCUUGCUCUGUGCCAGGUAUGUUACCAAGCACUGAAGAUACAGCAGGGAAUAACCCAGACAUCAUUCCUGCCCUCAGGGAAUUUUCAUUUUAGUGUGAGUGACAGAAAACAAAUAUAUGCAUAGUACAGUUUCAGAUAUUAAAUGCUAUAAAUAGAACUAAAACAGUUGGGAAUAGUGUUGCUAUCUUAGGAUGGUUAGAGUAAGGAAAGAUCUCUUUUGAAGGGGUAGUGUUUGAAACAUGUUGAAAGAAGUGAGGAAAGCAAACCACUAUGGGAUAGAGGAAACACAGUCUUCUAGGCAGAGAAAAUAGGAAAUACAGAGGCCCUGAGGCAGGAAUUAAUUUGGCUAGAGGGAAGGAGUGAGGUUAGGGUGGCCCAUACUGUGUGGUGGAAAAGAAAUGCAGGAUUGGCUUCAAAUUUCAGCUUUCCCCUUUGCUGUUUGGCCUCAGGCCAAUAGUUCACCUCUCUGUCUCAAGUUUUCUCAUAUGUAAAAUGGUGAUUUGAUUUGUUCUUUGUGGAUAAGGAGGAUAUGAGGAUGCUUGGGCUAGUGAUUUAUUGAGGGAGUGCUCUUAGGAGACUCUAGAAGAUGAGGAAGAAGUUUAUCAUCACCCUGACCCUAUGGGACAAUGCACUAUGUGUUGGACCACAGAGGUUGUCCUGCCCUGAGGUGAGAGCCUGGGCUAUUAUGUUCUUACAUCAGGCAGAAGAGGGAAGGCUAGGUCCCUUUCCUCAGUCGAGAGCAAUCCUCCAAAAUAAGGUGAAGGGGAGGGGACAGCUGUUAACAGCUGGGAUAUGGGUGCACCAACCCUGUAAAAGGAAUUUGGUGGGUCAACAGCAUCUACAAAUGAGGCUAUUAAAAGUAUGUAGCUCAUAGGAUUAUUGAUCAGAUUAAAUGGAUUAAUCCAUGUAAAGUGUUUAGCAGUGUCCCUGGGCCAAAAAACAUUAGCAUGGGCCAGAUCUUCUAGCCCAUGGUCAGGGGUUUAGAUUGUGGGGGAGAUCAUUCUAGUGAUUGUAUGAAGAAACAAUUAGGAGGGGCGCCUGGGUGGCUCAGUCGGUUGAGCAUCCGACUUCAGCUCAGGUCAUCAUCUCACAGCUCAUGGGUUCGAGCCCCGCGUCAGGCUCUGUGCUGACAGCUCAGAUCCUGCUUCAGAUUCUGUGUCUCCCCCUCUCUCUCUCUCUCUGCCCCUCCCCCGCUGGUUCUCUCUCUCUCUCUCUCUCUCUCUCUCAAAAAUAAACAUUAAAAAAAUUUUUUUUUAAAGAAACGAUUAGGAGACAGACAAGAAACAGGGUUACUAACUAGUUAGGAAGCUUUCACAAAUACCUAGUCAAGACCUGGUGGGUAGCGUGGACCUGGUUGAUGGGAGUUGGAGGUAGUUUAUAGCUUGGGGGUGGGGGCGGGGGGGGGGGGGGAGACUAGAGCAGGCUUCAUGGAAGGGAAAACUUGAAGCUUGGCCUUGAAGGUAGAGAUUUCAAAGGGAACCACGGGGGAAAAAAGAAAGCAUAGGUGACCUGUCUUGAGCAGUGUGUUGUCAAUGUGGUAAUAAAAGGAAGAAAUGGAAGAGACAGCUGAAAGAUCGGGACCAGAACAUGAGAACUUUCAGAGUCUCGCUAAAUGUGUUUGGGUUUUAGGUGAUGGAUAAAAGAGAAGUGAGUCUCAGAACAGAGAGACCCGGCUACAUCUAGGGGUGACAGAAGAAGACCAAUCAGAUAAGAGGAGCAAACUCUGAGGGAAGGGGUUAUCAACGGUGUAAAUAUUCUAGUGGGUUGAAGAUGAGUGUCACUGAUAACUUUCAGCAGAUUCAAACUGUAGAGGCUGAAGACAGAUUGCAAGCAGCUAAUCCGGGUGGGGCAGAUUGCAAGUAUCCAUUUCACUCUAGGCUCGCUCUUGGAUUUCAGCAGAUAAAGGAAAGGUAGAGAACUUUAGCUUGAAAGAAAGUGCUGGGAGUCUAGGAAGGGGUGCAGGUGGGGGGGGGGGGGGGGGAGGUUGGCCAAGGGAAAACCAGAACAUGAUUGUAAGAAUGCUUGAAGAUUAAGAUACGGACCAAAAGAAAGCUUGUCGGAGCUCUGCAUCAGAGAACGAACAUAUGGUAGAAUGUGAACCCAAGAUUGUGUUGGGUGCCAUGCCUUGUGAAAAGGUUAUAUUAUGUUUCCUUAUGUGCUUUUGUAAUAUGGCAAUUUUAGAAAGUCAUGUUUUUUAAACACCAUACUAGAAAAAGGGUACCGACUAAAAAAUAUGUUCGAGUUCAUGAGGCACCAGAGCAAGGUUUGUCUUUUGAAUGUGGACAUGUCACCGAAUGUAAAAUCCUCCAGGUAGAGUAUGAUUACCCCUUCAAUAGCAAGGCCUCUUUGGUGAUUAUAAAAUUGCUUACAGAAAUAAAAUACCGUGAAAUGA